GAUAUAUUAGUGGUGUGGCAGGUUUGCUUGUGGGAAGCCCCUUAGAUGUCCUAAAAGUACGGCUCCAAACACAAGGUUUACAUACGUCAUCUAUCAGAACCUUGACAGAAAUGAAACAGAAAGAAGGGAUGAAGUCAUUAUUAAAAGGGGUAGAAUCACCGAUCAUAGGGUUGGCAUUAUUGAAUUCAAUUUUAUUUGCAUCUUAUGGAGGAAUUAUAAGAGCUUUUGAAAAAUACGAUGGUAAAUCACCAUUUGUUCCAACAUUGUCUCAAGUUUAUUUUGCAGGAUUCGGUGCUGGCAUUGCUUGUUUCUUAGCAAGUACUCCAACUGAAUUGGUUAAAUGCAGAACUCAAGCUGUUGUUAAUUCUUCCACUUGGAAUGUCUUCAAAUCCAUCUUAUUCACCAAAGGAAUCAGAGGAUUUUACCAUGGAGGGCUUAUUACAAUUAUCCGGGAUGCACCAGGAUAUGGUGUUUAUUUUUGGGCAUACGAAGGAUUGAAAAGGGUAUUAGGAGUAACCAUGGCUAAUUCUAGCGAAAAUGUCACAAAGCUAUUAUUUGCUGGUGGAAUGGCCGGAAUAUUAUCUUGGAGUAGUAUUUAUCCGUUAGACGUCAUCAAAUCCCGAUUACAAACGCAAAUAAGUCUUCCACCAUCGUCAAUGAAUCUGAACUCGAUAUUAACGUUAAACCCACAUUUGGAAGAAUUAGCACCACUUGUGAGCGAAAAUAGACCUUAUUACAAUGGUAUAAUUGAUUGUACUAUAAAAUCUUACCGUGCUGAAGGAAUUUCCGUGUUUUUUAGAGGAAUGACGCCUACGCUUAUUCGUGCUUUGCCUGUCAAUGCUGUUACAUUUUAUAUUUAUGAGGCAAUGAUCAAAUGGUUAAACGGUACACAAAAUAGAGUUCAAGAACCUUCAAGAGCGGUUUUAUGCUCGCAGGCGAUCGGUCCAUGUUUCGGAAGUGGGGAUUUAGUUAUGGGGGGAACUCAUGCCAACUUUAAUUUGGAUUUAGGUUGUUCUUGUAAAAGACAAUCUUAUGAAAGACAUUUAAUCACAAACCAUGAUAGAUUCUCAAUUGAUGAGUAUGAAAUAUUUAAAAUUAUACCUAAAUUAAAUGUUAGAACAAACCAAAAUUAUACUCAUAAUACGAGGUCAAGUGGAAGGUUUUCUCUCUUAUUAUCUCAAAAUAAUUAUUUCUCUCCUCAAUCUUCACCUAUUUCUCAUAAUUCUCAUCCUAUUCCUACUCCUCAUAAUCCUCAUAAUCCUCAUAAUACUCACGCUCCACCCAUACCACCCCGUCAAAUUAAUUGA